AUGGCAACUGCACAGCAAAUGCCCGCGGGGCCCCGGUCCGCCCGGCUAGCUGACGACGCCGCGACCGCAGCACUAUAUGCGACGCAGCCUCGACGCAAGGCGUCGGUUCCCGAUUCUCAAUACUCGAAUACACGAGCAACACGCGCCUCGACCGACCUCAGCCAUGCCUCCGCCGCUUCUGCCCUGGCGCAUGCCAACCGAAAACCGAUCGAAGUAUGGCGUCCGGGCCGCUUGCCCGACGCCGAGAAAGCCGCGUUCCACGUGAAGGAUUUCACGCUGCCCGAGGUUCCUCUACCAAGUACGCAAUAUAGCGCAGAGGGACUGGGGGCUGCCAUUCUUGCCGUACGGGAGCAGAGAGCCAUGACAGACCAGUUACAGAACCAACAGAUCAGCGCUCAGCACGAUGCCUCCCGAUCGGGCGACAUCCAGGAUAAGGAUAAGGCGCGCCGUGCAGCGACCGGUGCAUAUGCGGCUCGCCAGAGGGCUGACUCCGCACCCAGUGAACCAGUCAAUAUAACCGACUCGAAGUGGGCGCUCUCUGCCGCUGGUUUAUCGCAUCGUGCUCAAAUGGAACACGAAGACCCUUUGGCUCACGUAGAUAACGCGAUGGAACUGAGCCGAAUCACUCAUGCGGCCACGGCCAAUGCUCGCCUUUACACCUCUUCCCCGCCCGUUGCGAGUGAAGUGCAAGAGCGCAAUCGCAGGAACUCGCUUCAUGCUGCCGCUCUCGUAAUGGCGAAGGAUAUGUAUGAUAUCACUGGUCCAACCGGCGAGGCCAUCAACAUGGACCCGGCCAUCUCUGCAGCUCAAAAGGGUCAGAGCCGACUACAAAAGCGGCAGACCGUCAGCGGAGCGACAGGGUCCGCAGUCCAGCAAGCCUUGACUCUUCAAGAAGCGGCGCAAAGGCGGGCGGCAGAGAAGCUCGCGCGCAUGCGUGAUGAGCACGCGGAGAUGCAGCAGUAUUAUGGCACCGCUCCUCAGCCUCAACGGUCGCUUUUGUCCGCUCGGCGAAAGAGGACGUCGAGUGACGCGGAUUCAACCCAAGGUGACGCAGAGCAGUCGAGGCAAAUUCGCAAUCAGAUGUUCAGCUUGCGGAAAAAAUUGAACAAGGUUGAUGAACAGCGACAAAAGGAUCGUGAUUUGCUGAUGGAAGCAGCCCGUCGUAACGUCGAUGCUCAAAUUCAUGACAUGGAAAUGAAGGUUUACGCCGACACUGGCCGAGCACCGCCUUCCAUUCAAAAACAGUGGGACGAGGCAUCCCGAGAGCGGGUUCGUCAGGAAGCCGAGGCUGUGGAAGCGAAGAGCGUCCCUACCAAUCGGGUCAAUAUUGGCGCAUCGAGAUAUGUGGAUAUGGCUGAUGUUGAAGCCGUUGCACGAUCUCGUGUUCAACCAGCACUGGAUGAGAUCACGGACCAAGCCGAGCGUCAGAGAGCCGAGGAGCUCGAGGCCCGUCUCGAUGCAGAGGAGGAACAGAGACGUGCUGAAAUUGAGAGAGAGCGUGAAGCCAGUCUAGAUCGAGCCGAGAAGCGCGAAGGUGUAUCAGAGAAGCGUGGGAGCAAGGGACUAAAGUUCUUCAUGUGGAGGCGAAAGAGCAAGCAACAGCAGGCGGAGAAGGAAGAGGCCAAAGAAGAAGCAGCAGCUCAGGAGGCGGCCGCUGAAAAGCCCACCGAAGAAGCUCCUGUAGCCCAGGGGGCGGUGGUUGCGCCUGAAGCUGAAAAGCCCACCGAGGAAGCUCCUGUAGCCCAGGCGGCGGUGGUUGCGCCUGAAGCUGAAGAAGUUCCUGCUGCUGCGCUUGAAGUUCAACAGCCUACUGAUACUGUCGCUGCUGCUCCAGAGCCGAAGGCUGAAGCCAAUGCUGAGAAAGAAGGGGAGCCUGCUCCAAGAGAAGCUGCUCGACAGACUGAUAGCGUGCCAGAUACAGCUGGUACGACACGCAUCGAGUCCGCUGCUCCCAUUUCUUCCCCCGUCAGUCUCACAUAUGAGCCCACUCAGGAUGACGGCCGUCCAGGUAUGCUGGGAUCACAGACCGGACCUCGGGAUGCUGCUGCCACUGGUGGAGUGUCUGCAAUGCACAGCAUUCAACCCAUUACCAGCCCCCGCGCAGAUUCGAAGUUGAAGACCUGGUUCCGAGACAGGCUUGUUCGUCGCACAAGCGAACCCCAACCCGUCUACCCCCACCAGCCCGGUCCGGAGUACAACACUGACAGCGAGACCGCAUUCACCGGCGGGGCUGCACUCACUGGAAGAACCGAGCCUCGUGGGGCGGCGCUAAGCUCGCAUCCAGUUAGUACGGAAGACCUCGAGUCCGAGCACGGUGAAGACGUCCCCAAGUCAUCUACCGAGGAGGCUGCGACUACGCACAAUGGCAAUUCCAGUGCAAAUGGCAAGAGACAUCGUCUUCGCAGAAGUUUUAUGAAAUCAGUCUCACGAAACUCUCAAGAUAUCAAAACCAACGGCACUGAACACAAGCGUCAAAGCUCAGAAGCUGUUGAACCCACUUCUGAUUUGCAGGGCCUGCGGGACAGCGCUGCUGAACAGGGUCUACCCGCGCCACCUGUUCUCGGCGAUUCUCUUAGUAUACACCGGGAAUCGAGAUUCUCUGAGGAUCUGUGA